CUCUGAAGUGCCAUCACUUUCUUAGUAGCAGCCAUGGCUACAACAGCUCAGUAUAUCCCGAGGAAUAACUCUUUGCCUUCCAACCCGUUAAUGCAUCCCGACUCAGACCGGAUGCACCAGGGGACAACCUACAGAGAGGUGCAGAAGAUGAUGCACCACGAAUAUUUGCAAGGACUUGCUACUAACACCGGCCACCCAAUGAGUCUUACCCAUCAUCAGUGGCUGCCGACAUCAAAUAGCGACUGGACCAGUGCAACCCAUCUCGGACAGCCCGAUCAUAACAAAUCCAGCGUGCAGGCGAGCAGGGACGACUUGGGGAGCGGCUUUCAUCACAGGCCACAUCUGGUGCACCAACAGACUCAGAAUAACCACCACGGUGCAUGGGCACCCACCACUAGCCAUCACCUGUCUCCCCUUUCCCCGGCGUCCAACGGCCACCAGUCACUGGUCUAUUCCCAGUCUGGGUACACGAACCUCAACGCAAUGCUAAGCCCGCAGCCUACUUCUCUACAUCACAACCUGAGGGACCCCCUCCAUGAAGACACAGGUAGUCAUGACAACCAAAUGGAAUCCCCCCAGCAACCUUUCAGCCACCAUCAGGACCACUCGGACGAAGAUGCUCCGAGUUCUGAUGACUUGGAGCAGUUUGCCAAACAAUUUAAACAACGGCGGAUCAAACUGGGCUUCACCCAGGCAGACGUUGGCUUAGCCUUGGGAACUCUUUACGGCAACGUGUUUUCACAGACAACCAUCUGCAGGUUCGAGGCAUUGCAACUUAGCUUUAAAAACAUGUGCAAACUCAAGCCACUUCUAAACAAAUGGUUGGAAGAGACCGAUUCAAACACAGGCAGCCCCACUAAUUUAGACAAGAUAGCAGCACAGGGCAGGAAACGAAAGAAGAGGACUUCGAUUGAGGUCGGGGUUAAGGGGGCUCUGGAGAACCAUUUCUUAAAAUGUCCCAAACCGUCGGCUCAUGAAAUCACUAGCCUUGCUGGGACACUGCAGCUGGAAAAAGAAGUUGUCAGAGUUUGGUUUUGUAACAGAAGACAAAAAGAAAAAAGAAUGACCCCUGUCGGGGUCCCUCAUCCCAGUAUGGAGGAUGUGUAUUCGCAAGCAGACACUCCACCAAUUCAUCACACACUCCAGACCUCUGUACAGUGACUGUUUUCAGGAGCAAUUUAAUUUAACAAACAUAUAAAAAAAAGGAAAGCUAUGGAUUUUACAAAACUGUUCAAGGACAGCAUAAACUGCAAAGUGAGUACAUCCCACGGCUAUGAGUCUGAAAGGCAAAGCGAGCCGGUGGGGACGCCUAAAACUGCGAGAGAGAGCGCGAGAAUGAGAGAACGAGAGAUUCCUCAAGCUAUUAAGCAAAACAAAGAUUUCUUUAUUAACCAAAAUGAUCUACUUUAAAUUACAUUAAGCCGGGCUCUAAUGGAAAAUUAAGCCUAGAUCGAGUAUCUCCUCUCAUAUAUAAAUAUGAGAAACAAAAAACUGGUACAACCCACUUAAGACUUUCUGUUUCUUUCUUUCUUUUUCAUUUUAAUUUUCUUUUUUUGUUGCGAUGGAGAUACAUUAUUGAGUUUGUUGUAUAAGACAGACGUACAAUAGAGUUUUAUUUCCUGUUCGUUAAAUGCGAAUUCGGGGUUUUGUAUCUUUCUUUCUUUCUUUCUUUCUUUCUUUCUUUCUUUCUUUCUUUCUUUCUUUCUUUCUUUCGUUUAUUUUCCCCGUGUGUAAGAACUACUUUACUAGAUAUAUUAUCUAAAAGUAUGGGUCAGUUACCCUACCAAAUACGAUUACUCACUGGAUAUGAGUAGCAGUGAUCAUUUUGAUUUUUUUUUUUUUGGAAGAUAUGAUCUAGUUAUUAAAAGACGUUGCACCCGUUUGGCAACACCUCCUAAAAGGCGAACAGCUGCCAGACUUCAGAAAGUUGCAAAUCAGGACAUGCGACAUAAAGAACAGCCUAAAUUCUUUUUAAUCACAUUACAUUUCUGUUUGCAUCAAGCACUUAAAACUUUGUGUAAUAUAUAAUAUAUAUUUUUUUCCUAUUGUGCACGAAUUUAUUUUUUAAUGUAUAUAAAUUGUGUGUUGACUUCAUAAUUGCAGUUUCUAUAGGCCAAUCUUUUAAAAGCGCUGUCAUUCACUCGCUGUCAAGACGCAUCAGCCAGCGAAAGGAAGUGGGUGUAUUGGAAAUGAAAGAAAAUUCUCAGGAAUCCAAAUCAAAAGCCCGGGCCGCAGUCCUAGCGUUCGACAUAACGUGCUUUUCAUGUAGACCUCACAUCUUUUUUAUAUAGUUUGUCUGGUUAUAUUUUGCAAAAUACAGAAUUUGCGAAAUCCACGAGGGCAUGCGAACAUCCGACCUGCAUAGUGUAAUGAAGGGAACAGUUUCAAAUGACAUAUAUUUAUUGGUUCUGUGUGUGUCUGUGAUACGUAUUUUAUUUAGUUUUCUUUAUUGUUUAUAUCUAAAUAUAUAUUUUUUUUUAAUCAAAGCUACUGAACCCCAAUAAUGUAUGUAUUUAACUGUUUACAGUUUGGCGUAUUGUAAGGAAAACACGGGCGUAAUAGGGUACAAGAUAUGAAAUGUUUAAUUUUUACAGAAUAUUAAUAUUAAUAAUAAUAUUAAACUUGCCAACUUUAAUUAUUUCCAAUAUGUAAAUAUGUCGAAUAUGUAAACAUAUGUAUUUGUUUUAUUUUUUCUUUUUUCUUUUUUUGUUUGUGUUUUUUUGAACACUUUUGUACACUUACUAAUUCCAAGAAAAUAUUUUAAUAUGAUUUCAUUUUUGAAUUCGAUGCAUUAUAUAU